UGUAGAUUUUCGCUGAUUAAUUUAGUUAGCCAUUGCCAUUAUAACGGCAACCAUUUUCUCUGCCCAAAAUCUCUGCAAUCAGAAUCAGUUGGCCAAAUGUUGGGCACUGUGAAUCUUGUUAUGGGCUCAUCUUCUGCCGCCAUGGUUACGCCGGCGCAGUUUGCUGCUGUUAAAUCCCUUGCGAGCGCCAGAGCUAGUCACCAUACCCACUGCCGAACGCUUUCAUUGCCGUUGGGAUUCGCUAAUGCUUCCGGUUCCACCUCCUGCUUCUUGCCUUCACGAGGUUCCUCUCCUUCCUCGCCGUUCAGCACAGCAAUCGCUGCCGUUAACUCCAAUCAACUCGUGUCCUCCGAUCCGGCGGACAAGCAAGAGGCAAACAAGUAUUAUUUUCUAGUUGCGAAUGCAAAAUUCAUGCUCGAUGAGGAGGAGCAUUUCAAAGAGCUCCUCUUCGAGCGGCUUCGCUACUAUGGCGAGCGUAACAAGGAGCAGGACUUUUGGCUGGUCAUCGAGCCUAAGUUCUUGGAAAAGUUUCCCAAUAUCACCAAGAGAUUGCAGAGACCUGCCGUUGCACUUGUUUCGACCAAUAGUACCUGGAUUACGUUCAUGAAGCUGAGACUUGACAGAGUUUUAGCAGAAAGUUACGAAGCCAACAGCUUUGAAGAAGCAAUGGCUUCUAACCCGACCAACAUCGAGUUCGAGAAGCCUGAAAAAUGGGUGGCUCCUUAUCCCAAGUAUGAAUAUGGAUGGUGGGAGACUUUCUUGCCGCCAGUGACUAAAGCAGAAGCAAAAGUAUAAGCUGUGUGUAGGUUUCUCUCUUUCUUUAGUAGGCCUUUUUUCCCCAUCUUUAUCAAGUAUGAAUUUUGAUGAUGUGAGGAUUUGAUAAAAACAUUGUAGUUGGAGGCAGUUCUUGGUGAUCUGAGUAAAACGUAUUUCAGAGGCUCUGCUUCUUAGCCACCCUUCCUACA